AUGUCCGAUUCCAUGUUCGAAGACGAUGCAUUUGCUGCGAGCCAGUCGCUCGAAGAAGAAUUGCUGGGCAAGGGGUAUUUUAUGAAUAUGGAAACACCUCUUGGUUCAUCACUUGCAGCUGAGCUGCAUUCCGCCGGAGGACCUGCUCCACCAUCCACCGUUGCACCUCCGCUGUCUCCACCCGUCAGCCACCAUGGGAACAGCAAAUUGGCUUCCAUGGCAAUGAAUCGCAGCUUGUCUAGUUCCCCGGUCCUAUCGCCCAUUCAAUGGAGCCAUGCCAUGAGCACUUCAACCUCGGCCUACGGCCGCAGCCGUCGCAGCUCGUUUAGCUCAACAUGGUCCUCACUUGACCAGGAAGACGAUGACCCCUUUGAAGUUUUAAAACGGCAGUUGGAAGAGCUCAACUCGGCCGUCUGGGAAACCAAGACGCUCCACAAGCGGCUCUUCAAUACGUUGUUGGCGGAUGAUCAGCAGAAUAAUCCUUUAAAGAACAGCAACAAGUACACCCCACCGCUCGAGUUGGUGAUCACAUCCGUAGCAAAUCUUGUCGAAAGCAAAUCCCGUGACCGAGAACGACAAACGAGCUCGCUCCGUAACCUCGAUAGCUCAAUACGGAAGGAGAUUGCAUGGAUGCCUUUGGACGCUAUCAAAGAACUCGAGGCAUUGUUUGCAUCCAUGAAGACAACACUGUACGAUCAGGCAUACUCGUAUGAAAACCCGCUUCCAGCAAUUCACAAGCUGAAUAUCGAGACGUCGUCCAUGACCGAGUCUUUGGAGGAGCUUAAGGAGAUCAUGUAUGUCAAUAAGCGACAGGUGCAAGAGUUGAACUCGCGACUGCGGUCGAUUGCCAAGACGGUACAUGAAGUGCGCAAGGAUAUCCGAAGGAUAAACAAGUUCCUGGAAGAAAAGGACGAUGAUGAUGCGGUUGUGCUCGAGAAGGGUGAAGUGCAGGAACGCGUCAAGGAUAUCAUGUGGGGUCUGGACGAUUUAGACGCCAAGAGCUCGAGAGAGAUCCAACAGAUGCAAAUGUUUUGGGAAGGUAGUCUCGAUACCGUUGCAACCUCGACUUCGUCCUAG